AUCAUUUGACCGAUUGAUAUAAAAUGUAAACUGAAGCAAUUUCUUAUGAUAUGAUUUUAUUCGUUGUACUGCAACUACGUAAAUACAUCAUGCAUAAUAAAGCAGAUAUACACUAAACUAUGUUUUAAAUGAAACAACAUGUGUUCAAACAUUAUAGUUAAGCUAUUGUUCGUGAUCAAUAGUUUGAUAUGCAUAUCAUAUGCAGAGGUGUUAAGCAGUCGGUUGUGCAAGCCAGGAGGGACUAUCUGGACAGAUGACGGUACCGUAUACAGAAGUAUUUUUUAUCGUCGAGAAUUACAUGCCUAUGCUGUUUGCAAAAUUGGCUACACACUUUCCAGUUCAAGUGAAGUCCUUUGUGUGAAUGGAUUCUGGGAAAAUCCUUUACCCCGUUGUGAAAGAAAGGUGUUAAACAGUCAGUUGUGCAAGCCAGAAGGGACUACCUGGACAGAAGAUGGUACCGUAUACAAAAGUAUUUUUUAUCGUCGAGAAUUACGUGCCUAUGCUGUUUGCAAAGUUGGCUACAUGCUUUCCAGUUCAAGUAAAGUCCUUUGUGUGAAUGGAUCGUGGGAAAAUCCUUUGCCCCGUUGUGAAAGAAUUACAUCACGCCAAUGUAAGCCUCUGCGAUCUCUGAAAAUAGUACUUAGUAAAUGUGAGAAUGAGCCUCCUUUAGAGGGCUCAAUAUGUCGGUACAGAUGUCCCAGAAAUUUCUCCUUGAUAGGUUCCAGUGAGCGCCGUUGUGGUCAGAAUUUACAAUGGACUGGUGUUGAGCCUCGGUGCAUUUUGGAAUACUCUCAUACAACCAAGGCCAAUAACCCUGAUACUGCAUUUGACUACUCACGUUACAAUCGAAGACGAGAAAAGACUUGUGAUAUUAAUAAUGGCGGCUGUGAACAAAUAUGCAACUCAUCUAGUGGUUUUCCUGUCUGUUCGUGUAGCAAUGGAUUUAGACUUGAGACAGGGGGAAAAUGCCAGGAAAUCAAAGCCAAUAAACCUACUCCUUCAUUUUACUACCGUCUUAAAACUUGUGAUAUUAAUAAUGGAGGCUGCGAACAAAUAUGCAACUCAUCCAGUGGUUUUCCUGUUUGUUCCUGUAAAGAAGGAUAUAGGCGCUUACAAGACGGAAGAUGCAAAACUGGUAAAAUGGAAGAUGAUAUGAAGUCACUUGGUUCUGCGGUCUGUUCCUGUCCUCCAGGAUUUGAACUGAAAGAUGACAAUAAGACAUGUGAUUACGUCUUAAAAAUAUUCACCCACUUAGUGACUGACUCAAAUGCAAAAUCAUUCAUCGCAGAUUGCCGUUGUCCUCCAGGAUUUAUUGGAUCUCCAUCUCAUGACAUACCCUGUAGUGACAUAAAUGAAUGCCUUAAAAAUAAUUUUGGUUGCUCACAUAUUUGUACAAACACACCUGGUUCAGCGCUCUGUUCUUGUCUUCCUGGAGUCGAACUGAAAGAUGACAAUAAGACAUGUGUUGAUGUUGAUGAAUGCCAAAUAAAAAAUGGAGGUUGUGAGAUGCUUUGCCAUAAUACUAUCAAAAGUUUUUACUGCUCAUGUUCAAACGGAUAUACAUUAGCUGAAGAUAACUAUUCUUGCAUCGAUAAUGACGAAUGCGCUGAUGGUAAUAAUGGUGGCUGCAGUGACAUUUGCAACAAUUUUCCUGGAGGUCAUUAUUGUUCUUGCCACAAAGGUUUUCGACUGGAUAUUGAUGGAAAAACAUGCUUUGGUGCCCGAUGUCUUUCAGUUGCUGUUCCGCAUCACUCAUCAUUGCAUUGCGAAGUUGAUAAUGAAACAAAAAUUAUUUCAAAGUCUCAAGAUUAUUCCUCACAGAAUCCACUUCAUUAUCCUUAUGGUACGAUUUGCAUGGUCAAAUGUCGAGAAGGAUUUAAAAUCAACGAUUCCUAUGAAGUGAUAAAAUGCUUAGAAGAUGGCAGCUGGAAUGCAACUGCACCUCAAUGUGUAGCAUCCCAUUGCCCAUCCUUGAUGAUUCCUGAUAAUGGAGAUGUGUAUCCCCCUACAUGCAAAGAGGAUUUCAUUCCAGUUCAGCAACAAUGUUAUUUCACCUGCAAACCUGGCUAUGAAAUGUUUGGAGGAAAGAGCAUGAUUAAAUGUAGCUAUAAUUUAACCUGGAUUGAUGACCCGCCUUCUUGCAGACCCGUCUAUAUACCUCCAACAAUUUCUUGUCCAGAUGACAUAACGGUAGAACUUAAUUUGAAUGAAAACUCUUCCAAUAUCUCUAUUCCUCGACCAAUCACAAACAUGGAAGAUGUUGAAAUUUAUCCCGAUUGGAUAAGAUUAGAGCAACCCAUUCCUUUCCCAAGUGGUAAAACAAGUAUAUUAUUUACUGUAAGAAAUGCUGACUUCAACGCAACUUCACAGUGCAUCAUGACAAUUAAUGUUUUAGACAAAGAACCUCCAAUGUUUGUUAUGUGCCCCGAAUCUUUUAAUGUGAGUGACGUCGGCUAUCAAGGGGUCCUUGUGACCUGGGAUGAGCCCGUUGCAACUGACAAUGUUGCCAUUCAGUCAGUUGUAAAGAACUUGGAACCGAAUUCUACCCUCAAAGCUGGAGUUCAUUUUGUUGAAUACACAGCUAAAGAUGCUGCCGGAAACAGUGCAACAUGUACAUUUCAAAUUAAUAUUACCCGUGGUCACUGUAAAGAUCUCAAUGAUCCUGAAAAUGGCAAGGCUGUUUGUAUGGAUUGGCUGAUGGGUAAGCUCUGUAGACCUGCAUGUAAUCCAGGCUUUUCACGUGAUCCUGAUGAGCCUAAAUUUUUUGCUUGUAGUGAUUCUGGAAAAUGGACUCCUUCAAAUACCAUUUCCCCGUGUUUUCCUACAUGUUUGAAUGGACAAAAAUGGUCAACCAUCUCGCAAAGUUGUGAGGAAGAAGCUUUUAUUAUUCAAUAGUAAAUAUUAAGGUACAACGGUUCUUUAACUGUAAUUAAAAUUAUUUUUCUGAGA